AUGUCCUUUGUUAAUCAACUUGAGACACUCAUUUCAAAGGCAACAGAUGAGUAUGACAAGAUUGCAAAGAGUGAGCCCAAAGUAAAAAGCAGUGAAGAUGGUACAUCAAGAGGCGAUAUUUUAGACGAGAUCAUUAAACAACAGCAAGCUGAGAAAAAAAAGCUUUGGAAUAAACUAUACAAGCUAGAAAAAACACGCGUGAAUAGAAAAAGACAUGUUGUAUUUCAAGGGCAACCUUCAGACGCUAAUGAAAAGAAACUGAUGACGUUAAUAUAUGAAAGUAAAGAGCUAGAAAAGGAAGUCAGAAAACAAGAUAGCAAUUUACAAAAUAUACCUAAUGUUGACGAUAAUAUUCUGGAGAUCCAAUUCAGAGAUCAACUCGAUCGAGAGAUUGAACAAUACGAUCAAGCCAUACAGUUUCUAAAAGCAGAAUCAGAAAAAGUUAAGAUCAAUUUAGCAGAAGAAAAAAAAGCUCUUGUAGAAUGUCAAGAAGUAUAUAAAAGCUUAAAGGCUAGACGAGAGACGCUAAUGGAGACAAAUCCAGAAGUGAUCGAAAGUAAAAUGCAAGAACAUAUGACCUUAGUCCAGUCCUUGUUGAAGAAGGAUACAAGAGAUUUAGUACAGUUCUUGGAUGAAUUUUAUCCACCUCACCCCAUCGAUGAAAAUAACCCAUUAGGUGACGACUGCAACUUAAAAAAGAUACUAGAACAGCUGAUGAACCUCUCAUACACAAAUCCAGAUGACCCAUACGUCACCCUUGUACCUGGGACAUACUGGAAGCCCUAUAUUGAAACCCUAGCAAAGGCAGGAAUCAUACGAUAUCAUCCUGAAGAUGCGAAUCAAGUAUGCCUGGAAGACUUUAAAAUGUAA